AUCGACAUCAUCUGCACGCGUUCGAACUGGCAACGGCAGCAAAUCGCCGCCUUCUUCGAGGAACAACUGGGAAGGGAUCUCAUUGACGAUUUGAAGAGCGAGUUGGGGGGCAACUUCGAAGACGUGAUCGUCGCGUUAGUGCGUCCGCCCACCGAGUACCUCUGCAAGCACUUGCACAGGGCGAUGAAGGGUGCCGGUACCGACGAAGACACGCUAAUCGAAAUUUUGUGCACGAGGAACAACGACGAGAUACGCGAGAUUGUCGAUACGUACGAGCAAAUGUACGACAGGCCGUUAGCGGAGCAAAUGUGCAGCGAGACAUCGGGCGACCUGCGCCGUCUACUAACAUUUAUCGUCACUUGUACGCGGGACGAUAGUAACGAAGUCGAUUGCGAACGAGCCCGCGAGCAAGCCGAGGAACUCUACGCUGCCGGAGAAGGUCGACUAGGUACCGAAGAGAGUUCGUUCAGUAAAAUUUUGGGACACGAGAACUUCGAUCAGCUCCGUCAAAUUUUCGAGGAGUACAAAAACGUUUCGGGUAAUACGAUCGAGCAGGCGCUGAGGCACGAAGUCGACGGGGACUAUUUAAAAGCGCUACUCGCCGUCGUGGAAUGCGUGCAGAGUCCACCGGCUUACUUCGCCAAACGUCUGUACGGGGCGAUGAAAGGCGCGGGUACCGAUGACGAAACCUUAAUUCGUAUCAUCGUCAGCCGUUCCGAGAUCGAUUUAGGUUCGAUUAAGGAGGAGUUCGAGAGAAUUUACGACAAGACGCUGGAAAGCAUGGUCGCGCAGAACGAGACCUCUGGCGAUUAUAAACGCGCAUUGUUGGCACUUCUUCGUUAAUUAAUUAAUGGAGUGGACUGGUAAACGUUGACAAUUCUCCAUGUAUACGUUUUCAUUAUAUACCUACAGAAGUAUUUUAAUUGUUAUAAUUCAACCAUAUAAUGUUAUAUUUGUAUUCAUUAUUAUUAAAGAUUUACAUACAUUUA